AUGGAUCCCCGCGACCCGUCCGCCGACAAUGGACCAUCAUACGCCGAUACCACGCCGCCUCUCCGGCGGCGGUACUCCAUGGAGGAGGACAUGCGCUAUAACCGCAUCAUGAUUGCACCCCGUCGCAGCCCGUCCCGGCCACCACCGUACCGGUCUAGCUCUCCGGGGCGAGCCGAUGCCGGUCAGAUUCAAGAGCUCACACUGCGAAGCAAGGGCCGAAGGGGAAGCGGGUCGGCCACAGCUGCUCACGCCGACAUGCAUCGCGACGGAGCCGAGGAAGGCCCCGAGCCAUUGCCGGACUAUUGGAGCGCCGUGAGCAUCGAAGGAGUCUUCGCCAAGAAACAUGAAAUCGAGCACACGAUCAAGAGAGCCGAAGACCGCCACUGGCACGACGUCUUUGUCUCCCUCAACGGAACCGCUCUGAACGUCUACAAUGCGAAGAAGGACUGGGGAUGGGGUAAGACCAGGGACGGCCCUACCAUAUCACCCGACAACCCUCCGUGGGUGAGGAAAUCGAAACUGGAAAAGAGCUACAGCCUGCUGCAUGCAGACGCCGGAAUAGCUGCCGACUACGACAAACGCCGCUACGUCAUCCGAAUACGGGCGGAGACGGAUCAGUUCCUACUUUCUUGCAUCGAGCUAAGCACCUUUGUGAAGUGGCUUGAGUGUUUGUUUGCAGCCAUCGACGUAGCCGCGCCCAUCGACGACCGGGAUUUCCCCCGCGAUAUGUCCAUCCCACGUAUCCAGCGAGUUCGUUGGUUUCAGGGCCAGUCGCCUGCGCUUCCGGGCUAUACGGCCACGGCAUCCGCAGAAUCUGACAGCCAACCACCGGACCGGGAUUCUUCCUCUGGGGUUCUAGCGCGAACGACAUCGCGACCUUCCGAGCUGUCGUCCGAGCCUGAUCCAUCAGCGGCAGAACGACUUCCCCAACCGUCUCACCCGCUGCCGUCGACCCUCGCCGGUCAGAAUGAGAUGCGUGGGCCGCCCCGGAUGGAAAGACCCCGCCGAAUGAGCACGACAACGUACUCCAACGUGUCGAUCGAUCCGCACACGGGAAAGUGGUUCCCCGAGCAUAGGUGGUCGAGUGCUCACGACCUACUCUACGCCAAGCUCUGUUAUAGCAACCUUCUCUUCAGGAGCCCUCGCAAGUCCAACUACAUCAUUAGUAAGGGCAAGCAGUGGUACGUCGACUGGAAGACGGGAAAGAUGGUCCGUGUUCUCCCACCGAACUACGGAGAGAUCGACUACUUUGGGCCAUGGCAAGUCAUCCAUACCGAAAACUCGAGAAUCUAG